AUGGAGAGAUUUAAAUCACCAAAUAAUCAGCGUAAACUGAAUGUAAAAAAUGUCCUUCAAAAGUAAUCCUCCUAGGUAGUUGUCCGCAAACCAAUUACUUCAAUAUCCUUCAAAGAAAACGCAUAUAAGAUCAUCAAUUUAUACAAAUUAAUUGGCGAGAAUGGAGAAAACCAAGGAGAAUUGAAAAUCUCUUUAGAGCUGUUUUCAAAAAAAGUUCUGCUUUCUAAGGAAAUUGAAUAGUUAGAACCUGAUUUAAUAGAAUAAAUCGUUAAAAUCUUAAACAAAUAUUCUUUUUAGUUUGCUUAAAAAGCAGAUGACGAUAUAGCCUAUAAUCUUUUAGACUGUUCUUUAAGAUUACUAUAAAGUUCAUAAUAUUAUGAAAAUUAGGAGUAGUAAACUGCAAGUACUUUGCAAAAUAUGGGAAGCAUUAUAGCCAAAGUAGGACAGAAUACUUUGGCAAAAAAAAUAUUUAAAUAUUGCCUUAAAAGAUUUUAUGAUCAGGAAGUUUCAGAUUUUUAAGACAGAUAUGAAUCUAUUAGAAAAUUGAUAGAUAAAAAAGAUGGACAUUAAAGUACUAUUCCAUCAUAGCUUUAGUGCAAUUUGACAAUGAAUUAAAAAAUAUAAAAUGGAAUUCUUCUAAAUAAUUUAUCUUCUAUUUAUUUAAGUGAGAAAAAAUAUGAAAAAGCUCUAUACUUAGCUACUUCAUGCUCUUACGACUUAGAAGGUUAUGUUUUUGAAUAGAGAGAGUUGUAAGAUACUGAGGAUCUUAAAAAUGACCCAGAAUUUAAAUAGAGAAUUAUCAUUUUACUUAACUCUUACUUGAAUAUGGGUAGGGCACAAGAAAAUAUUGGCAGACUUAUUAAAGAUAUUAAAGAAUAUUCAUCCAAGUUUUUAUACUUUGAAUAAGCUAUUAAAUCAUACGCAAACGGUUAUAAAUUCAGCAAAGCUUAUCUCGGAGUUGAAGAUAGAUCUUUUUUUAGCAUUUUUUAGGCUUUGCUUAAUCAGCUAAGAAAAGAAAAGGAGGAAAAUUAUGUAAAGAGUUUUUAAUCUUAGAAUUAAAUAUGUUAUGGGGCAGGAUAUUUGGAUUAGACUAUUGAGAAGAGAAUAGUAGAUUUUCUCAACUUGCGCAAAAGAAUAGACAAUAACAAACAGAUAUUAAACCAUUUUCAAACAGAUUAGUAUCAAAUUUAAACAGAUAGGCCUUCCAAGCAUUUUCAUAUUGGAAAGCCAAAAAAACAACCAGAAGUAUACAGUUCAAGCUUUAAUGGGUUUAAAAGCCAACAAAUAUUGCAUUAGAACACUUCAUUAAGAGGCAAUUAAUCGUAGAAAAACAUGGUUUAAUCUCCAUUGGUAUAUAAAUAGCAUAAUUCUCUCAGCUCUAGUUAAAAAUUAUUUUAAAAUACAUAGAAAGGAAGUUCCUUAAUCAACUCAAAGAGAUAGAUAGCUCUCCAUUCAAGUGAAUAAUAUAAUGCUACAAAUACUCAUAACAUGUCCAUCGUUAGUAAUAAUAAUAACAACAACAACAACAAUAAUAAUUAAAACGGCAAUGGCUACAUGUAUUAAGCACUAUAGAACAACAACAAUAACAACAACAAUACAACAACAAAUAAUUAAAAUAACUCGAUGUACUCAAACCAAGAAGAAAUCUUUAACUUCUAAAAUAAUAACAACAACAAUAAUCCAAAUAAUUAUUACAAUACUUAAAAUUCACAAACUAAUUUACUUGCAUAGAGACAAUUUAGUGUUCCAACACUUACUAAUCCAACAAUUUUUGGUAAAAAUAUAUUAGGACUAUAAAAUGGAAUACAUAGUUAGGCGUAUUUUGAUGAUUCACACAGAAAUUCGACUCCUUUAAUUUAAAAUCCUAUUUUAACACCUUAAUAAACAAAUAAUUCUAAUAGCUUUUUCCCGGUUACUAAUAACUUAUCUAAAGGAUACAGCAAUUAGUAAAUAUUUGAUCAAUCUAUUUAAAGUUAAAACAAUGGAGUUAGUCCUUUAUAGCUUUUCUAACAGUAGCAAUCUUAAUAAUCUCCUCAUUUAAAUUAGCUUCUUUUUAUUAACAGCUAAUCUAAUUCUUUAAAUUCCUAAAAUUAAUAAAACAUUACAAAUUUACCUAAUAACUAAGUUCCACUUGAUAGCUAUUUUCCAUCAAAUCAGUACAGUCCAAUAAACUAAAUUCAGAGCGCAUAGAAUCUAGUAAAUUCAAAUCCUUAUUCCUACAACUUGAUCUCUGGAUUGAAUCAAUAAUCUCAAUCCUUACCUUAAUAUAAUUUAACCAACAACUACAUUCCUUAAUCUCAUGAGUAACUUUUACUUUUACAGUAGCAGUAAUAGUAGCAAAAUAUGCAAGUAGCAGCGAUGCAAGGAUUUUUAAAUUAGCCCCAAUAGUUCAUCAGUUAAAAUUUCUUUUAAGACAACAGCCAUCCAGCAUUCCAAGCAUUAAAUUCUUAAAUGCCAAUUGAUACUAAUCUGUUUGAUAAAAAUGCUUUGAUGGACGAUUAAAGUGACAAGGGAGAUGAUGAGCAAAUUUAAGCAGCAUAAAAUAACAACUUAAAAAACUCACAAAAAUAACCAACAGCUGCUCCUGCUAAUACCAAGGCUGAAAAUUAAAAACCAAGCCAAACCCCAGAAACAGCUUUAUCUAACAAAGCUUCAGAUAACAGCUUUAAGCAAAAAGAAAAGGAUAAUUCGAACGAUAUUAAUGACAAAAAUAAAAAAAACAAUUAAAAAGAUCAAAAACAAAAGCAAGACCUAGAAAAAUACAACUAAAUUUAAGACAAGCUUAACUAGCAAGAUGAGAAAGUUCGCUAGCUUGAAAAUUAACUUUCAUCCAAAAAAAUAAGAAAAAGUGAGGAUAUUUUACAAGAUCUUUAGUCUGAAAAGAUUGAAGAAGUUACAAUGAACCCUAAAAUCUAAAAAUCUAAAGAAAAAGUAAGCAGCUUAAAGUACAUUUAGAUGAAUUAAGUAAAUCAAGAUAAAAAAAAUAAAAAUAAUUAACAAAAUGGAGUCAUUUAGACAAAUACAAGUAAUACAAACGGCAACAAUUACAUCAGUACUCUUUCAAGUAUCGGAUAUGAUUUUAGUCCUGAGGCUGCAGCUAAUAAAUAAACAAGAAGCAAAAAUGAUUUCAAAGUAACUGUAAAUAAUGAGCUGGGUUCUGAGGUUUUAAUCAACGCUAGUAACGAUCAAUUAAAUCUACAGCCAGCAACUUUUAACACUGUAUCGGCUGCUGCUGCUAAUAGCUUGAUAAAUUAAUAAAAUUCAACAAAUAAUUCUUCAAUAAAUAACAAAGCGUUCUUAAAAAGCGGAUAGUCUAGUGCUGACGAUUAAUCUUAGAACACAUUAAGUUUUAGAAACUAAUAAAUGAAUAGAAUAUUAGAAGAAGAUAGUUACGAUACAAGUAUCUCCCCAAACAUGAGACAGACAGCAAAGUCAAGUUUACAUAAUUCUGGAUAAACGUCAUAACAAAAGCUAGGAGCUGUUGCUGUUCCAAGCUCAAUAGGUUAAGCAAACAAUCAGGCAUAAAAACCGACUAUUUAUAGCUCUUUAGAAAAGAAAUAGUCACAACCAAUAUUAAGAAAUAGAAGGUCUUCAAAAUCGUUGGACAAUAAUUCCGAGAAUCAAGAUGAAGAAGAAUAAAAAUAAAAUUCUAUCAAAUUAGUUGAAAAAUCCAAGAGCAAAAGCUAACAAGCUGAUGAAAGCUUCUCUCAAAUAAGCUAGGAAUAAGGAGAGAAUUCAAAAAGACAACCAGCAAAAAGAAAAACACUUUUAUAAAAGCAUAAAAGUGUAAAUUUUUAAGAAGAUAAUAAUCAAAAUGAAAUAUCUUAAGGAGAAAACAAUCCUAAUAUGUACUCUUCUGUUGAAAAGAGGAUGAAACAAAACUCAGUUCACUAUCAAACUUAUACAACACUAGUAACUUCACCAAACUAACGCAAGAGAUAUGAUAUCUAACCCAACUAGCAUAACAACAUCAUCAAAAAAAUUCCUAAUAUAGAGGAAAUGAUGAGAAAUGGAGGUAAAAAAGCGCAUGCUUGGAAAAUUUUAGAAGUCUCUUCAGAAUGCUACAGAUUAAAUGUAGAUCUUAAUGAAACAGAUAUUACACUUUGGGCUUCAAAUUUGAAGACUACUUAAUAAAUCGCCAAGUAAAUAAUAUCUCUGUCAGAUCUUUAAUUGCUGUUAGAUCUAGUUGAAUAUCAAGAUAUUUUACCCAAUUAAAAACCACUUAAAUCUAUAAGCACUAUCGAAGAUAUUUUAACCCAUUUUAUCUUGCCAUUUAUGACAAUUUAGGAUAACAAUGUUUCACUGUAACCUAAACCAAUCGGUUUGGUUGAAAAAGAUUGGUAAAUUAAAUUCUUAAACACAGAAUGUGAUGUUUCCUUCCACCACAUUGUUGGGAAUUAGUUUAGAAUUAUAUUUACAUGCAUUCACAGGAAAGACCAGUUCAAAGUAGACUUAGAAGUUGAUGAUUUUAUGAAGGCUGAGUUGUUUGAAAAUAUGGAUGAUGGAAAUAAAUAUCUAGAUAAAAUUAAAGACAUAGUGCAUCUCUAUAAGAAGAAAAAGAAUAUACUAGACAUUACUGAUGAAGAGAUAGCUUCUUUAAAGAGCGCAUCUGAUUAAACUAUGAAGUAAAAACCUACUAAAACAAAAAAAUAAGAUGAAGACGAUGAUGAAGAAGAAGAUGACGAUUUUGACUUAUAAGGUCCUUUUAAUGCGAAUAUUAUAAAUUCUAAAGAUUUCAAUAAGUUUUUAGAUAAAUAUGAUAAAAACAGAAUCGAAUUAGUCACUGUAGAGUCUCUAAGAAUCAAAAAGCUCUCUGAUUUCACUUCUUUAUUCUUAAGAGAGAUAGAAAAUAUUGACACUUUUCUUUAAAAAGAACUUAUAAUAAAGGACAUCAAUCUUUUUAAUCUCAGAUUUAGCAAUAAAAUCCUCAAACUUCAUGUCUAUAAGGAAUAAACCAAGAAUUAAAUCAGAGGAAAGAUAACUUAUGUCUAUGAAGAUCAAGCCAAGCAAGUAUUUUGCAUUAAAAUAAAAAACACCUUCGAAACAUUUGCACCAAACGAAACCAAAGAACAAUCUAAAGGCUAUGCUGAAAUAAAAUUCGUUGAUUUGUGGAAAGAAUAUGGAGUUCAGUAUGACACUCUUGAUGCUUCUGACAAAAUUUGCAUUUGCAAUUUUAUCUCUAAGCAAUAUUAUAUUUAUACUUUCGAAAAAUAACUUGAAGAAGACGAUUAUGAUAGAUACAGCACCAAUUUAAUUAAAAAGAAAAAUAUAGUUUCAGGCUCUUUCUAGAGAAUAUUAGUGGGGCAUAAAUAUCAUAAACAAAUCGUUACAAUGUGCUACAUGGGUCUGGAAGAUGAACCUCUUGGAAUCAAGGUUACUAUCUAUGAUCCUCUUAGAUGUGAAGAGAAGGGCAUUAUGAUUACUCUAGAAGAUAAGCUCUUUAAAAAAACUCAAGCUGAAUUAGAUUAGCUAAACUUAAAUAGCAACGGAAAGAAGAAGAGAACAAAAAAAUAUAAAGAUUCUUACACAAUAAACAGUGAUUAUCAUAUUGUAGGCAUUUUAAAGGCUUUUGGUUGGAGAAUUUUACUAGAAAUAAUAUAAUCAGUUUUAGAUAAAAUCAACCGUGUCUAUUCCAUAAGAGGUCCUGUUUUAGGAGACAAGAAUUCAUCCUUUUAUAGAUUUGAAUCUCUUGUUAACCCUCAAAAUAUAAUUAAAUUUUUCCAGACUAAAAACAUGUAUUUAUUUUAGAAUCCAAACUGA